AUGAAGGCUGCGAUUCUACUGUUUUGUCUUCUAGGAUCAACUCUGUCAUUACCGAUGCAGCUCAACCCCGCUCUGGUGCUUCCUCCUACCAAGCUUGUUCCAGAUCAGGAAACACCGCUAAACCAACCGCAGCCAAGUCAGAUCUUCUCUUCUUUAAGUCUAAUUCCUUUGACACAUAUGCUCACACUGGGGUCAGACUUGCAACUGCUAAAUCCUGCUGCAGGGGUGGCAUCUGGUACACCGACCCUCCCACUGGCCCUGGGGGGACUGAACGUAGAGCAGCGGCUGCAACCACAAAUGUUACCAGUUAUUGUAGCACACUUUGGAGCCCAGCAAGGGACCUCUCAAAUCCUAACAGGCCUUAUCUUCCAUCCCUUGUUCGCUGGAGCCAUCCUGCCCACCAGUCAGACUAAUCCAGAUGCCCAGAAUGGAAUCCUUCCUGCAGGACAAGCAGGAGCAAAUCCUGCCACCCAGGGAACCCCAGAGGAGCCCUUCUCAACCCCCAGUGGCACAGACGAUGACUUUGCAGUGACCACACCUGCUGGCAUCCAGAGGGGCAGGCAAACCACAGAGGAAACCCCCACGGCAUCACCCAAAGGAAUUCAGUAA